UUCGCCACCAAGGAAUGCUCCGUCGUGCCGUGGUCGGGCUUCCGAACGCCCAGCAGGAAGGUCUGCGGACCUUCAUGCGAGGGAUGUCGACCAUUCCCGUGAAGCGAAGGUUUCGCAUUGUCACAACACUAUCGGAGGAUGUUCCCUUCCAUCCAAAGCACAUUUCGUCCACAUCCAAGUCAACGACAGACUCCGUUGAGCAAUGCGCACCGCAAGCCGCUCCUUCAAUCAAUGAAACGAAGAAGAAAGCAUUCAAACUUGUGGCACGUGAGCCCAAGUCGACGUUAGAUCACGCGUAUAGGUACACGCCGACGACAAAACCGCCUACGCCGUUGGUCGUGCUCGAACGAGCCGUCCUCGACAAGAACUACGCCAAGGCCGUGGAAGCCUUCGACACCGUUCCAUCAUCCGACCUGAAUCGAUUCGCUUAUGAAUGGGCCAUGCAGUCCCAUGUGGCUUUGGGCAACUACGCCGAAGUCGUGCGCCUGUUUGAAGAAGCCGAGAAGACCAUUCCGAUGCUGCACAACCGCCUUCGGUUCUACUACAUUCUAUCGUUGAAUCGGCAAUCUCGAUUUGCAGACUCGCUCGACGUGUUUGUGGACUGGCACGUGGGGGAGGUGGCGCCGCUGUCGCGCCCGAUUUACAACGCGCUCUUAGUAGCCUGUAGCCACUUGAAGGCCUGGAAGACGGCGCAGACGAUCUACCACGCCAUGCUCGCGUCACAUCUCACGCCCAACGGCCCCACGUACUUCCACGUUAUCACCACAGCCAUCAAGAGCCGACCCAAGUGUCCUCAAUUCACGAUCUUGUCCCUUGCGGAAGCCACCGCCGCGGCAGGGUACCCCAUAUCUGUGACACUGCUCAACCACAUUUUGGUCGACGCAUCAUCCUCGUCGUCGGCUGCUCCCCCCCUUUCGUCGCCAUCAUCACCAUCCAGUGGCCAGGUCCGCGUUCAGGCCAUCCGCCGCGCUUUGCACUUGUGGGACGCCAACAAACACUACGAUGCACUGCCAGUGGCGAGCGAAGUGCCGUACGAAAUCGCCCUCCAGCAGAUUUGGGACGCCAAACUAUACACGGAAGCGGUCGGCGUGGUGGAAGACCUCGUCCGGCUGCCGUCGCCGUCGGCCGCGUUCAAGUUCCGCAUCGCCAAGAUGCUGCUGUCGCGGGCGGCGCCAGUGCACGCCGACAUGUCCAUCAAACUGCUAGAUCUGAUGCAGACCCAUGAGCUGGGACGGCUGUCCGGCAUGGCGCGGUAUCGGCUGUUCGCAGGGUGGAGCCAUCUGCUUGAGAUCGAGGACAUCGCGGCCUUCUUUGUCCAGUAUCAAGACGUGACCCACGGGUGGAAUGGCAGCCGUGUCUCUGACUUGUUUAUCUUUGGGUACCGCCAAUUUAUAGCCAAGGGCGGCCACAGUCCCCACGAGUUUGAAACUGUCAUGCGAUUGUUCACGUUUGCAUUCGAAUCGGGCGACACACUGUCGUACGUGGCGCUCGAGCACGCCGUGCGAUGGCUGUAUGACAUGGGCAAGGCCAAUGAAGCGCUGCAGAUCAUCGUCACCAUGCGUGGCAACCCUGACCUUCCUUUGGGCUACCGGUUGACCGAGCUGGGUAUGUUCAUUGCAUCGAAGAAGGAAGAGUACGACGUGGUGAUUGACCUGUUUGAAGACUUGCAAUCUCGAGGACGUACACACAAGGGCGACGAGCUGCACCCGAAGCGAUUCAUGGUCAAAAUGGCCACCAAGGCGUACGGAGAGACGCAGAACUUGAUCAAGUUUCAAGAACUGCGCUACAUUCUAUCCAACCGCGAGUACAAGCACUGGCAAGGCGACCCAGCAGAACGACGUCCGCGGGGUCGGAUGUAUGUGUAGCUAACUGGCAUCGCUGCAAUGUUAAGCGAUAAUAAUGCUAUCGUCGAAUAUAUCAAACAGAAGGUGGCA